AUGUCGACUCUAUCGCCUCAGUUUGUCCGAACUUCAUCCCCGACAGAAAUGGCCUUUCAGGAUUCCAACUUUCAAGACCCCUAUCUCUCCGCGCCGUUAGACCCGGAGGAAGCCUCGUUCAGGUCGACCGCGAUCAGACUGACGCCUAUGAGGGGCGGAGAUCCCACCCAAAAUGGCAUGCGGGAUCUUUCUCCAUCUCCCUCAGAUCGUCAGGGCGCAUUCCCCCAUGAUCAUGGCCUCAAUCCCGCUUCUCUCCAUGCUGGCAAUCUAAAUACUUUCAAUGCCUCGAUACCGUCUUCGAAUUUCCUCAGCCCUCGAGAGAGUGCAUUUAGUAGCCCGAGUGCUCACACUUCGCCCGAUACUGAUUAUUGGGGAAGUGUGGACAUGAACCUGAACUGUGACCAGCAACAUAGCUUGAUGGUCCCUCAGAACAUGCACACCCCCGGUUCGGAGGGUUUCGAUUCCAUAGAAGGAGCCAUUUCAACCCAGCUACUCAGCCCAGACGCCAGUUAUAACCCGAGUCCGUCGCCUGAAUUGACUAAUACCAUGCUCUCCGUCACUACAGGGGAUAGCCGACUAUCAUCACCGAGUUUUCAGCAUCAUAGCUCUGGUGGUACACAGCAUCAACAACAGACCCCGUCUUUGAUCACGAGUCCCAUGAGCGACAACCUGAGUGCCAACUGGGGCGCUGAAUCCGCAAGAGCUGUCAGUCCCAUAGUCAAGGUCGAAACUUACACUCGUGGCGACUCGCCCGAAAGAGAUUCCUUCUCAAGACGACGACCCAGCCAAUCGACCAUGCACCUUCAGGUGAACGAGGACGACAAUGAUGACGGCGACGAUGAUAACGAACCAGAUGACACUGGUUUCUCGGAUUCUGGUCAUUCCAUCGCGCGAUCCCACGAUGGAUCCUGGGUUCGUGAUUUGACAACUGGACGGGCUGGUAUUGACCCGACAUCCAGGGACGAUAUCUUUGUGGUUAGCCCCGCUGAGAUGGAGAUUCAACGCGAGAUCAAUGAAAAGAAUGAGGGCAUCCGAACUUGGUCCGCUUCUGUGAGUGUCGCCAACAGCGAGGCAGGAGACGAUACCCCCGUGCACCGGGGACGGAAAGAGCACAAGGGAAACAGGCGCCGAGCAAAGAGUGCAGGGGAUCCGUCGCUACAGCAAGACUAUUUCAACUAUAAAUACCGAUAUGAUGACCCUACCAUCCCUGGCCCGGGCAUUCUGGUUCAUGAAAGCAGUGACGAGGAACUCAGUGAAUCCGCGUCCGAGUGGGCUGGAAGCGGAUCCGAAUCACCUCCAGUCAGUGUCAUCCACACAACCUCACUUGAACAACACCAGCCAGAGGAUGAGGAAAAUUUGCCUAGCCAAAUGUUACGAGGACCUCCUUGGCAGGAUAACUAUGACUCGGCCUCUCCAGCACCUAAAGUGCAACCCCAGAGUUCAAGUGCAGCCAUGAUGGAAUUUUUACGCCGGGCCAGGGACAUGGAAACGCUAUCGCGUGCCGCGACCUGGGGCACACGGGAGGCGGAUGUUAAUAGCAUCAUCGGAGCGGGCGGAUCAUUUGAGAACCUGUCGAUCAACGACGAUCACGGCAAGAAACAGGAGAGACGGAGUAGCCUACGAAAGUUUCUCCCUAAAAAGACCGCUUCCAACCUGAAACGCCAACUGUCCGAAAUUUCCGUCAGUCACCCUAAUGGUGAUGGUGUCCACCAAGAUGAGAAAGCCAGUCUUCAGAGGAAGGACAGCUUCCCGCACUAUCAUGGUCGUAAAUUGAGUAUUGGGCGAUCGCCCAAACAGUCCAAUCUCAGCGCGGGAGGAGCCAUGAUUGCAAUUGCAAGCCAGAUGGCGGCUAUUGGAGGCAGGGAUUCCGUUCGUGCCGUAUCGCCAAGCAAGCCGUCAGGCAACCCUUGGUAUUCUCAAAAGACUCGCGGGAGAAGCAGGAGUGAAAUACCCAGGCCUUCUUCACCGGGACUUGUUGACCUUAUGACAAGCCAUGGGGGACCCCCCGUGGCAAAUAUUGCCUACCCAACGAAUUCUACCAACGACCAACCGGCCCAGCCAGUAAGGCCUGAGCCGAGACAUGAUGCCGGUGAUGAUGAUGAUGACGACGAUGAUGAAAAUGUCGAUGACAAGGGCUUGGUGAUGGAUUUCCCUGUUUUAGCCAGUCUGCCCGUGCCAACGAUCGACGGCUUCAAGACACAGAUUUCCCAGCUAAACCCUAGGCUUCAACCAGCUCUGCUCGAGCGUUUUGCAAAUGAGCAGCUUAAGCGCUACAGAAAGCUGGUUGACGGCAAGCUUAACCACGGUCGUGCUGUGAGCAACAGUAACUGCACGGCUGGCCAAUACUGCUUUGCCCAAGGCGGAGAAGCCAAAAUGCUGGCUCCUCGGGCAAGUCCUCAAGACGAUUCUGCUCAUACCCAGUUCCAAAUCCCAGGACAGGGGACGGUUGAUGGUAACCCACAGGCUCUCGGGGAAAGCACAGUCACAGCGGCACAGUUUCCAUUGGGCGUGCCACUGCCACCGGUCCAACGUCUUCCGGCGGAAUUUGAGUGUCCCGUAUGCUUCAGAGUGAAGAAAUUCCAGAAGCCAUCGGAUUGGACCAAACAUAUCCACGAGGAUGUACAGCCAUUCACGUGUACCUUUGCCCACUGCAGUGAUCCUAAAUCAUUCAAGCGGAAAGCAGACUGGGUACGCCACGAGACCGAGCGGCACAGGAAACUGGAGUGGUGGAGUUGCACCGUCCCUGACUGCCAUCAUACGUGCUACCGGAAAGACAACUUCGUACAGCAUCUUGUCCGGGAGCAUAAGCUGCCUGAACCCAAGGUCAAGAAAUCCAAGUCCAAGAACUCCAAGGACCAGCCUGAUAUCAUCACACCGGAAAUGCAGGAAGAAGCCAACCGUGAGCGUGGGAUUGAGAUACUUUGGGAACUGGUGGAAAAUUGCCGGCACGAUACCCCGAAGAAUCCUCGCGAGGAGCCGUGUCGAUUCUGUGGCAAUGUUUGCAGUAGUUGGAAGAAACUCACAGUGCACUUGGCCAAGCAUAUGGAACAGAUCGCCAUGCCAGUACUGGCGCUCGUGAAGGAGAGGGAUCUUCCAGUCAACACGCUCGCAGAAUUCAACCCUGCCGGACUUAAUACGAACGCGCAUGGGACGGCUGGUCUACCACCCUAUCCGAACGGGAUCAAACACGAACAGGAGGGGAAGUUGAAUAAUAAUAAUAACAUGGACAUGACGCAAGGGCCAUAUUCGAAUAAUAGCCAUCAGCAACCGACAGGUCUUGCCAUGUUUACCCCCACCUAUCCGCCGCCCCACCUGACAACCACAUUAUCUAGCGGUUUUAUCUCCGCUGAGCCCGAGUCAUAUAACGGUAACGCGUUCGAUGAAGUGCCUGAGUAUCUAGAUGUGGAUCUCCCGCGAUCAGCAGGGGGCGAAACGCAAUUCAUGCCUCUGCAGCAGAAUUCAGUGACCUACCCCCCACCAUCACAGCCUAUGUCCAGGCCACGAACACCCAACCUAGGAGUACCGAAUCAAUAUCAUCUCCCUAUACCUUCGACGGAGCCUAUGAUUGAUCCACAGGGCCAGUUCUGCAUGUCUCCCGGUGCCGAGAGCAACUAUAGCCAUCCCACUUCCAUCGCACAGACCCUAUCGUAUGAUAGUUCUAUGGUGACAGACUACACCCAAACCUGCGAGCCACACUAUAUGUGA